AAGCCCAAAACCCCUAAAACCCUAUUAUUCUGCAUCCAAAAACCCACACACCCAAACUCGAUUCACUCUCUCACACACAGAAGAAACCAGCUCUUCCCCCUCACAGUCACAGCUCCACCAACAUAGAAAAAUGGCGACCCUUUUACCGGAAACCUCUAAAAAAAUCUUCACCCCAGAAAACCUCCGCGCCGCCGCUAAGCAAUCCCAGCGCUGCCUCGUCGUUCCGGUUCGUCUCCGCCGAGCCAUCAAAAAAUAUCUCCGAGAGCUUGAGGAGCCGCACAUGAAGAGGAAGGUGCUGAGGCUAUCACAGUCUCUGAACACAAUCAAGGAUGUGAACGCGCAGAUGGUGAUGACAACGUCAAGGGAGCUGGUGGAGGAUCCAUUGAAAACGGUAGAGCAUUCGAAGCAGCGGUGGAAGAUCAAGAGCUCCUAUGGUGACAUUGGCUUCAAGUAUAUGGAGGAUGAGACUGCCGCUUAUGUUGCAUCUCGGAUGCCUGCUGUGUUCUCCGCAUGUUACCGAGUUCUCAAGGAGGUUCGUAGAAGGCUACCAGGUUUCUCUCCAGCUAGAGUGUUGGAUUUUGGUGCUGGCACGGGUUCGGCUUUCUGGGCCCUGCAAGAAGUGUGGCCACAGUCCUUGGAGAAAGUCAAUUUAGUGGAGCCAUCCCAGUCAAUGCAGCGUGCUGGCCGGAGCCUUAUACAAGGUAUGAAGAAUCUGCCACUUAUUCAUAGUUAUGAUAGCAUUCAGGCACUUACUAAGAGCAUCAAUAAGUCAGAGAGAAGACAUGACCUUGUGAUUGCUUCCUAUGUGCUUGGGGAGAUACCAUCUCUGAAGGACAGAAUCACUAUAGUACGCCAGCUUUGGGAUCUUACACAGGAUGUUCUGGUUUUGGUUGAACCUGGAACACCUCAUGGAUUUAAUGUAAUAUCUCAAAUGCGAUCUCAUAUAUUAUGGAUGGAGAAAAGGAAACUCCGUAAAUCUAAAGCUGCAAUCAAUACAACUUCAAAGGACUUGGUGGAGGCUCAAAAAAGCGGUGCAUUCAUAGUUGCCCCUUGCCCUCAUGAUGGACAAUGUCCACUGGCAAGAACUAGUAAAUACUGUCAUUUUGUCCAACGCUUGGAGAGGACAUCAUCACAACGUGCAUACAAGCGUGCCAAGGGGGAACCACCUUUACGUGGCUUUGAGGAUGAGAAAUUUUCUUUCGUUGCUUUUAGACGAGGACAAAGACCAAGUGAACCCUGGCCCCUUGAUGGCAUGGAAUUUGAGACAUUGAAGGAACAACAUGCAAAAAGAAAUCCAGAAGAUCUUGAAAUUGACUAUGAGGACUUAAUCAAGUUACAGCAAGAAGCUGAUAAUAUUCCAUAUGAAGAAGUGGAUCCAGCUACCUAUGAUUCAGAUGUAAUGGAUACUGAUGCUGCUGACCAGAAUGACGAAGAUGAGGAGGAAGAAGAAACAACCUCUGCUGAUCUUGGGGGUGGUUGGGGCAGGAUUAUUUUUUCACCUGUUCGACGGGGCAGGCAUGUCACAAUGGAUAUUUGUCGAUCAACCAAUCAAGAUGGCUCGGAGGGUUCGUUUGAGCGUGUGGUUGUCACUCAAAGUAAGAAUCCUACAUUACACCAUCAGGCCAAAAGAUCUCUUUGGGGUGACUUGUGGCCCUUUUGAGAUAACAUCUUUGAUGUAUCUUGCCCUUGUAAUACUAACGAAAAUGUAAACCACAAGUGUUACAUUCAUACUUAACAGUCAUUUUGUAUAUGGUUCUAGACGACAAGGUUAGAUUAGAUGGACGCAUACAAUAUAACAAAUGUUCAAUGUGCAAAAAUGAGUGAAUUCUAUUAAUUUGGUAAGCUACAGAAGUCAGGUUUGUUUUA